ACGAACCUGGCCAAGAACGAAUGAUAUUUAAUUUAUGUUUUUUUUUUGACAAACACGCUUCCCUUAAUCUUCCAAUCGCCCGCGGGCCUAAAAAGUUAGAACACAUUAAGUGUCUUGAUCAAACAUCAUUCGACUAAACGGUCCCGUGAAGACUUCCGAAACUUCAUUUCCCAGCAUGCACGGUGUAACUAUAUGUUCUCUGUGACUGGGUUUAUUUGAAGGGGUCCGCGUAAAGUAUCAGCAAACUGAAAGACAAGACUUUUCUUAACAGCGUGUGUUUGUUCGUUUGUUGGAUUUUUGCACACUUUAUUUCAGCCCUUGGUCGCCGUAAGUCGUGUAAUACAUGCUGAUAUCUCACUAUCUGGUUAAGGCUGUAGUGGACGGAGAGCUCCGCCGUAAGUCCUGUGCCUAGGGGGAAAGGGCGGAUCGGUGAGAGGGCUCCCAGCUCUGGGCUGCUCGGGCUCCGUCACUUUUGUCACCGGCUCGAUCGGGCUCCACCUAGGAGGAAAAGCAGCCCCCCAAGCCCGACAGCCCACGGGAACAAAGGCGCCAACGGGUCGGUCCAGAGCGAGGCCGGUGGUUUUCGGAGGCGCGCCGUGUCUUUGCAGGUCAGAAGUAUUAAACGCGGCUACAUAGUAACGGAAGAAUGGCUCAGCCCGGACAUCACCAUGUCGCCAGCUCCCAGAAAGCGCUAAUGCUGGAGCUGAAAAGUCUCCAGGAAGAGCCGGUCGAGGGCUUCAAGAUUACUUUAGUGGACGAGUCGGACCUCUACAACUGGGAAGUGGCGAUAUUCGGACCCCCGAACACCCACUACGAGGGGGGCUAUUUUAAGGCCCGUAUCAAAUUCCCUGUGGAUUAUCCCUACUCUCCGCCCGCCUUCCGAUUCCUCACCAAAAUGUGGCACCCUAACAUUUAUGAGAAUGGCGACGUGUGCAUUUCCAUCCUGCACCCGCCAGUGGACGACCCCCAGAGCGGCGAGCUGCCGUCGGAACGAUGGAACCCCACGCAGAACGUCAGAACCAUCCUGCUGAGCGUGAUCUCCUUGCUGAAUGAGCCCAACACCUUCUCCCCAGCCAACGUGGACGCGUCGGUCAUGUACCGUAAGUGGCGGGACAGCAAAGGGAAGGACAGGGAGUACGGCGACAUCAUCAGAAAACAGGUGCUGGCCACCAAAGAGGACGCCGACCGAGAUGGAGUGAAGGUCCCCACCACUUUGGCGGAGUACUGCGUUCGCACCCGCGCCCCGCCGCCGGACGAGGGCUCCACCCUCUUCUACGAUGACUACUACGAUGACAGGGACCUGGACGAUGAAGAUGAGGAUGAGGAGGACUGCUGCUAUGAUGAGGAUGACUCGGGGACGGAGGAGUCCUGACUGCCCCCUUGCGGUCCCCCCCCCCCAGUCAUCCAGUCAUUUUCAUGAUCGACAACUGAGCUUUUUUUUUGGACGGCCAUACCCGCGUGUUUUUAAGUCAGAUCCAGUGAAAAGCAGUGGAGUUUUUAACAAUUUUCUGUGAUCUUGGUUAUUCGAUCUGUUCUUUAAGUAUUGUUCUCUCCGCCGAGGCCCAGAACCAUUCAGUUUCAGUCCGUGUCCCAACCUGUGUACUAAGCAGCUCCUUCAGCCGAUAUUUGCACAUUUUGUAUUUUAGCUCUGGCUUGCCAGAGGUUACAGCUUGCAGAAGAUGAAAAGCCUUAAGUCUGUGAAAGAGUGAGUGUGGAGGCAUGAUUCUACCGGCUGGUUAUGUGGGACUUAGCUACUGAUGGUGCCGCGUGAAGGUGCCCAAGGUCUUGUAUCAAACUCUCAAACAGAAACCGUGUCUCAUACUUCAGAAAGCAAUAGCCUGGAAUAUCUGAAUUUUUUUUUUUCUUCUGCAUGAUGAGGAAGACCCACACAAGCACCAAGAGUGCGAAAUGGUCAGCGGUCACGCCUGUGGCAAGCCGUCUGAGCUCUUCAUGCUAGCCGGGUUCCAGGCGUGUCCCCACAAGUACCCCACUGGUUGAGCAGCGUUGGAUUGUCGAGCCUCUAGCAGUGGCGCGAGUUCAUACUUGGAGUGAUCCCUUUAAAUGUGGGCUUGUGUCGUCAGGAAAAAGCAUUUGCACAUGCAAGCUUCUUAGCUUUCUGUCUGCCUACAAGGGGUUACACAUUCCCCAUUGGUCAUUGAAGUCAGCAAAACUUUAAAGUACGAACUCUUCACUGAACUCUCUAUAUGCCCAAGGGGGUUUUAAAAAUCAGUGUCUUCCGGUGUUUCCUUCUGCUGUUUUGGCGUUUUGAUUUGAUCAGUUUCUGUGAGGGGAAAAAAAGGGGGAUGUGUCUGGCUGGUCAAAUUGGCAUGUAGCUAUGUAAUUGGUGCUUACACCUAAAAGCCCAACAAUGUGGAUAAAUUUGCUUCUUAUCAUAUGCAUAUCGUGAAACAUUUGGAAAAAAUCUGUUUGCUCACAGAACAGUGAUGGCUAAUUAUCCUUUUGCUCUAUUUAAGUGUUAUUGAAACAUGACUUGUGCAUCACUUCAAACAUGCAGAGUCAUGAAGAACUGCUUCAAGCUCUUUUAAGAAAUGUUGGGAAUCCUUACAAGCAUCUGCCUUGCAGACAUCCUGUUUGUUUAAACCUUUUUCGCCUGUAAUUCAGGAUUUGAACAAGCAUAGUUAUCGCAGGAUUUUCUUAGGAAUCCCCAAGCUAAAGCCCUUCUCUUCGUUCAAAGUGUGUAUUUUUGCUGGGUGUGAAUUUGUGAAGGUGCAGGGUUUAUAAAUUGUAUUAGUUUAUUUGUAUUUUUUAUAUAGAGUAUUGGUCUCUGCAUCCGUAUGGGAUCUUAAGCUACAACUUUGCAAAACUAAAAGCUCAGGAUGAUUUUAAAAAACAAUUCUGCAAUUUCUCAGUUUCAUGAUCUCUCCCCUCUGCUUCGACUGUUUACAAUAUCUACCUUAAUAUUGAUAUGCACAAGUGAACAUAUUUGUUUCCUUUUUUUCAUAUGGUUUGUAAAUCUAUUUAAAACUGAAAUAAAGAUCUUUAUUAGAAGAA